AUGGCUUACAGUAUCCUAGUACAGGCUCGGCAUCAUGAACUGAGCAGGGUGCAGAGGAUCAUGACAAUGUGCCUUCAUGACAGUACCUGUGAACAAAAGGUCUUUGAUCGGCUACAGCAAAUUGUUGUGUCUCUCAGUUAUGGGAGGAGCCUUUUUCUGUUGAAUGAGGUUGGAGGACAUUUCAAUGACCGGGUCAUACAGGCUGUCAGUGAGGGACGCAGGUUUCGCAUCAUUGGCGACAAUUUAAAUUUUCAUGUCGAUGUUCAGGACAUGAGUAAAGACAGGCAGAGCAGUAAUCAUCACAUGUUUGCCUCGGCUAUCAUUUUACAGACACAGGUUGACAAUUCCAUGCUGCAAAAUGUCCCACAGAAGAGAAUUGACAAUCUUCUAGAGAAUGAUGUCCUCAUCUCAAACACAGAGCUUGAUGUUGUGAAAGAUGAAUACAUUAAAAUUAGUGUGUGA